GUGUUCAUAUAGCUAGUUUGUCUCAAACUAGUCCGCCACGCGAGCAAAUAAAUGACAGAAAGAAAAUAUAAGCGCACAAUAUCAGUUGAACUAUAUAUGAGACAAAAAGUACUAUGUACAAAUAAUAGUCAGUAGACAUUUACAGUAACUUGUGAAAUAUUUGUUAAGAAAAGAGCAAAUUAAAUAGAUAUCGGACAUUUUGUAUGGAUUUUAUUUAUCUGAAUAAAUAUUUUUGUUAACAAAGUAAAUAAACGAGGUGAUUCACACCAAAGGAGAGGAAACCGCAACCCAAAAAUAUCACCACGCACUUUUAUAUUGUUUCACUAUCAUUCAUUACCGCUAAAGGAUUAUCAGUUUUCUAUUUAACUGAUCGUGUAGCUUGAAAAUCAUUCAUUUUCAUAUAAAAAAUUUGGAAUAAUUUCGCGGGAAUGAUAGAAGAAAUUUUUCAGAGUUAUAACUUUGCUACAACUUUUGUGAUAUUAUUGUUACUUUUACUCUGGAGUUUCGCCGCUAAACGACCGGAAGACGCACCCCCGGGACCGCACGUGUUCCCAAUUUUAGGGAAUAUUCCUUCAUUGAUUAGCAAGGACCCUAUUCGUAGAUUUACCGAGCUACGGAACACAUACGGGGACAUCUACGGACUCUAUAUAGGUAAAGACUUUACCGUGAUCCUUAAUGGCUACGAUGUCAUUCACGAUGCCCUUGUCAAAAAGGGAGAUGUGUUUUCUAAAAGACCUCGGUCAGAAUUUCAUCAGCUGAUGUUUAAAGAGCCUGGUAUCGUUUUCGCAAACGGGAAAGAGUGGAAAGAAAACAGAAAAUUCGCACAACUGGCGCUAAACGAGUUCGGUUAUGGAUGGACCGAAAAAUCUAUGGAAGAAAGAAUUAACGAAGAGAUAGGACACUUCGUGGACAGGAUUGAAACGUUUAAACAACCAUUUGAUAUCAGUGAAACUGUAAAUCUUAGCGUAGCAAACGUUAUCGCCGGGAUAUUGUUUGGGCAACGUUGUGAAUACGACGAUUCUAAGUUUAUUUCAUGUCUUCACAGUGUCGGUGAAGCCGCAAAACUGUUCGCAAGGACUGGUUUGAUGAUGAGUUGUUUCCCCUUCUUGAAGAGUUUACCGGGUGAUCUGCUGAGUCUGGAGAAAAUAGAACAAGUAAGGCAGAAACCAAAAAUAUUUUUGAACAGUAUUUGUAAGCGUCAUUCUGAGACUUAUGACCAAGACAAGAAAAGAAAUGUCUUAGAUCUGUAUAUGAAACAGAUUGGGCGUGAGCAGAAAAAUGGCAGUUGUACGUUGUUUACAGAUGUGAACAUGCGGGUACUAAUGGGUGAACUUUUGAGCGCUGGAUCUGAAACAACUGCCACCUGCAUCGUCUGGAUAAUUUUAUAUCUUAUAAAGAACCCUGACAUACAGAGAAGAUUACAGGAGGAACUUGAUGUCGUCGUUGGAAGUGAAAGACAGCCGAAACUCGAAGAUAAAUUCAAACUUCCAUUCUUGGAAGCCACAAUUCUUGAAGGGUUACGAAUUGCCCCUGUAGCUCCACUAUCUGUCCCUCAUGCUGUCCAUGACGAUGUGACCUUUAGGGGUUAUACCAUACCCAAGGAAACAACGAUAUUAGUGAAUCUUCACUCUGUGCUGAAGGACCCGACUAUAUGGAAGGAUCCAAACUGUUUUCGACCGGAUAGAUUUUUGAAUGAAAACGGCAAAGUAACGGUGCCUGCAGAGUUUAUACCGUUCAGUAUUGGAAGGCGCGCUUGUUUGGGAGAAUCUCUAGCGAGAAUGGAAUUGUUUCUAUACACGGCCACGUUGCUUCAGCGAUUCAAGCUUUGUUCAGCCGAGGACGGACGAUUGCCAAGUGAUCAUGGUCAUUUGGGAAUGACGUACAGCCCAUAUCCGUUCAAAAUCCGCUUAAUAAGGAGAAACUAAUACUCGAAAAUAAUCUGUAAGGUAACUAAUCUCAUGGCGACUAACUAAGCAAAGCCAGCUCCAGAGGUGUUUCACAGGACUGAUUUUUAAUAUUUUUAUUUGAAUUGGACAAUGUGUGUGAAGAAAUUUUUUCUUUUUUUCUUUAUAUUUAUAAUAUAUAUGUUCAUGUUCAAUUUAUGAAAUUUGUAAAUGCAGUAUAAAAUUUAUGUUGAAAAUGA